GAUACGGUCGCGCGGUGGAGUUGGCCUCAGUGUGUUGAAUGAACGCAAACCUUACGGACACACAGACGAGACGACCACAAAUCACUCCGGCCGGUCGUAUCCACACUGCUAGUGCUACUUGCUGCCGCUUCUUUCCUUGGUCUCUCGUUGUUCUCUGCGGCGACUAGACUACAGUGGGUCUCCCCACAAUCUGCGGCGGCGACGGCGUCGAAGAGCUCGAUCUGUUCAACGUUCGCUCAGCAGAGGCGAAGAGUUGCUGUUCGCUGUUCUUCAGGAUGCUCUUCUUCGAUUGAGCCAAGCCAGAAUUGGAUCUAUAUUCUCCAGUAGUUCAUCUUGGGUUGCUGCAAAUUGGAUUUGAAGGAGCUGCUAUUCAAGAAUUUCGACCCAAGGACAAAUAAAAUAUCGAGGUAUGGAGGCCGCUGCUGGGGCGUUGAGCCCUGUCCUCCGUAAGCUCGGUGAGCUGCUCGCCGGAGAAUACAACCUGGAGAAGCGAGUAAAGAAAGGUGUACAAUCACUUCGUACAGAACUGGAGAUGAUACACGCCGUACUUCGUGAGGUUGGCAAGGUGCCACUGGAUCAGCUCCAGGAGCCGGUCCGGAUUUGGGCUGGCAAGGUGAGAGACCUCUCUUGCGACAUGGAAGACGCUGUUGAUGACUUUCUGGUGCGUGUGGAUGAGGGUCCAAGCAGCAAGCCAACGAACAUGAGGAAUCGUGUCAAGAAGUUCCUCAAGAAGACCACCAAAUUGUUUGGUAAUGGCAAAGCACUUCAUCAAAUCUCUAGUGCCAUCAAAGAAGCUGAGGACCUUGCCACGGAGUUGGUGGGGCUGCGUAAAAAGUAUGAGCUUGACAUGCGUAGCACUAGCAAUGGUGCUACCAUUGACCCUCGUGUGUUAGCUCUGCACAAAGAUGUAGGGGAGCUUGUUGGCGUUGACUGCACAAGGGAUGAGCUUAUCAAAACACUGAUUUGUGAGGACGGGAGUUCCAAGGAGCAAUUGAAGACCAUCUCUAUUGUUGGUGUUGGUGGGCUAGGCAAGACAACACUCACCAAAGCAGUCUAUGAGAAGAUCAAAGCCCAAUUUGAUCGUGUGGCUUUUGUCCCAGUGGGUCAGAACCCAGAUAUCAAAAAAGUUUUCAAGGACUUACUCUAUGAACUUGACAAUGAAAAGUUCAGUGACAUUCAUAAUACAACACGGGAUGAAAAUCUACUCAUCAAGCAAAUCAGUGAUUACCUUGUGGAUAAGAGGUACCUCAUCGUAAUCGAUGAUAUAUGGGAAGAAGAAAUAUGGAGAUUUAUAAAUUGUGCUUUGUAUAAAAACAACCUCCGUAGUCGGGUAAUCACAACAACCCGCAAUGUGAGCGUGUCUGAAGCAUGUCUCUCUUCUAGUGAUGACAUGAUUCACAAAAUGAAACCUCUUUCUGAUGAAGACUCGCAGAUACUCUUCCAUAGAAGAAUAUUUCAAAGCGAAGUGAAAUGUCCAGAAGAUUUGCAAGCAGUAUCAAGAGAGAUAUUGAAGAAAUGUGGUGGUGUACCAUUAGCCAUCAUUACAAUAUCUAGCCUUCUAGUCAGUAACCAAAGGAUAAAGCAGAAAGAAGAAUGGAUGCAUGUGCACAGUUCGAUGGGCCGUGGAGUUACAGAAGGUGGUAUUGUGAAGGACAUGAAGAGGAUAUUAUCACUCAGCUAUUUUGAUUUGCCUUCGCAUCUAAAGACUUGUUUGUUAUACCUAAGCAUCUUUCCUGAAGACUUUGAGAUUAAGAGAGAUUGGCUGAUAUGGAAGUGGCUUGCUGAAGGGUUUAUCCAAUGUGACAAAGAAGAAACCAGGCUGUUUGAGAUCGGAGAGAGCUACUUCAACGAGCUUAUGAACAGGAGCUUGAUCCAGCCAGCACAAAUCAAUUUGGACGGAACCGUAGUAACCUGUCGAAUACAUGAUAUGGUGCUUGAUCUUAUAUGCUCACUGUCAAAUGAGGAGAAUUUUGUCUCCAUAUUGGAUAAUGUUCAGUGGCAUGCACCUAAUCUGCAAAGGAAAUUCCGCAGGCUAUCACUUCAUAAUAUCAAGGCAACAGUUCAGAACCACCAGUUUGGUAGCACUAGCCUGUCAAAAGUGAGGACCUUUGCUGUUUUUUCUCUUGUUACUUGUGAUUGGUUGCCAUCUCUCUCAAGCUUUCAAUUUUUGCGUGUGCUUGAUCUUGGAAAUUGUGGCAGCAAUGAAAGUAGCUCUGGUAUCAGCCUCAAGUAUGUAGGGAAUUUAAUUCACCUAAGGUACCUAGGGCUCAUGUAUGCAGAUGUUUGCGAACUCCCAAUGGACAUAGGCAAGUUGCAGCUUUUACAGACACUGGAUGUAAGAGGCACUAGUAUAAAAGAAUUACCUGCAAGUGUUGUACAGCUCAGAAAUUUGAUAUGCCUAUAUGUCAAUUAUAGGGUGAGGCUGCCAAAAGGAAUGGGGAGCUUGAUGUCCCUUGAAGUGCUGGAACGAGUAGGCUUAUCCUCGUCUCCUCACAUUGCGGAAGAGCUGAGCCAUCUGACAGAGGUUAGGACACUCGGUGUUGACUGUUAUAACAUGGACGAGGAUCUGAUUGAUAUAUUAAUCAAGUCUCUAGGCAACCUGCACAAAUUGCAAAAUCUGCGUAUUCAUAGUGGUGGCGGAUUGAUGGAUCGCAUAUGUGAAAGCUGGGUGCCCCCUCCAAACCUCCGUAGUAGCAUCUUUUCUUCUUCGUGGUUCUCGCGACUUCCAAAGUGGGUUAAUUCAAGUUCGCUUCCCCACCUCUCCACCCUGGAAAUAGAAGUGGAAGAACUGCAAGGGGAUGACAUUCAGAUCAUUGGGAUGCUGCCUGCUCUUCUGUUUCUGCGGCUGCGUGCAAGUCGCGUGAUGGGAAGGUUGGCUGUGAGGGCCGAUGCAUUCCCAUCUGCGAGAUGCUGCAAGUUCUUGGGGUUUCUGACUUCGCCGUGCCUUUUUCCACCUGGAGCUAUGCCAAGGGUUCAGCGGUUUGAGUUCUGCGUCUCCGCACUGUCGAUCGCGAGUGGUGAGGUUGACUGCGGCAUGGGCCACCUCCCUUCUCUCGAGCAUGUUGAGGUUUGGCUGGAGCGUGAGAAUUCCAGCGAUGAAGAGAUGGAGACAGCCAAGGCUUGGCUGACGCGCGCAGCACAAGCCCAUCCAAAACUUCCCACCAUUGACAUCCUUGACUGUUGAGUGCUGACAUGCCUUUGCCGCUAGUAAGGGCUUGAACAAGAUCCUGGAGUCAGGUACUGUACUUCCAUCAGUUGCCGUGGAUGCUGUUCCAACAUUUCGAUAGGCAACAAACAAUUCACUGUGCCGUCGCAAUCACCAACAAUUCAUUGUACCUCCGGAACUCCCAAUAAACGAAGGCUUAUUCUCUCCAACGUAUGUUCAGAUUCUGCCCUUUGUUAGAUGGAGGCUUCCGCAUGAUUGUUCAUGAUCAGCUAUUUACUUCUCCUGCAUGUGCUUUCAGAAACGCAGCACCUCCUUUCCUUUAUUCAUUCAGUCUUUUAAGAACUAGUACAAUAAAAGUUUGCAUUCAGUUGGCACUAUUUGUAGCAGUACUGCCUCUACGUGUAUUUGAUUGUUCACAUACAGCGUCAUUUUGUUCUUACUGGCUUAUUAAUUAAGAGUUGGCUUGUUUUGCUUU